CCUUCCUUUGCGGAUCCUUUUCUCAUUUAUAUCUUCUCAUUUUUCUCCCCCAAAACUCCCGCUAGGGUUUCAAUUUCGAUCUCCAAUGGCGACCGAGAAGGAGAGGGAGGCCCAUGUCUACAUGGCCAAGCUCGCCGAGCAGGCCGAGCGCUAUGAUGAAAUGGUUGAAAGUAUGAAGAAAGUUGCUAAGCUUGAUGCAGAACUAACUGUUGAGGAGAGGAACCUCCUCUCAGUGGGCUAUAAAAAUGUGAUUGGAGCUCGUCGCGCAUCAUGGCGCAUUAUGUCAUCUAUUGAGCAGAAAGAAGAAUCAAAAGGGAAUGAACAUAAUGUUAAGUUAAUUAAAGGUUAUUGCCAGAAGGUAGAGGAAGAACUCACUAAAAUCUGCAAUGAUAUUCUAACCAUCAUUGAUGAGCACCUGAUUCCAUCGUCGAGCUCUCCAGAAUCUAGUGUCUUCUAUUACAAGAUGAAAGGUGAUUAUUACCGUUAUCUUGCAGAAUUCAAGUCUGAACAAGAAAGGAAAGAAGCUGCUGAUCAAUCAUUGAAGGCUUACCAGGCUGCUUCUAAUACAGCAAACAGUGAUUUGCCAUCUACACAUCCAAUUCGCCUUGGCCUUGCUCUCAAUUUCUCAGUGUUCUACUAUGAGAUCAUGAAUUCCCCUGAAAGGGCAUGCCAUCUUGCAAAACAAGCCUUUGAUGAGGCAAUUGCUGAACUUGACACCCUGAGUGAGGAAUCAUACAAGGAUAGCACUUUGAUAAUGCAGUUGCUGAGGGACAACCUCACCCUUUGGACGUCUGAUUUGCCUGAGGAAGGAGGUGAGGAUGGGUUCAAGGGUGAAGAAAACAAAGCUGCUGCUGAACCUGAGAAAUGAUGGUGGCACCAUUGUAAUUCAUGAGAAUGGAUACUGUUUUCAUUAUCACAAAUUAGUAUUUCUGUCCUCCUUUUCACUUUUUUGUACCCCCUUUUAUUUUUGCUCUUGUUAAUGAACAUCUGCGGUUGUGAUUGUUAAGUUAAUUUUAUCUCCUGCUGAUUGGAAUGUUGCAAUC